AUGGUUCGCUCCAUUGAAGAGGCUGAUAAGCUAGCAAAGAGGGGAAAGAAAACUGAAACCCAGAAGGAGUGGAUUGUCGCUAAACCAACAAACGGUCAAACCCCCAAGAAGCGAAAAUCAGACAAGGCUGCUCCUUCACAGCCUAAGCAGAAGCAACAGAAGAAGCCCGCUCGGAGACUCAUACUCCAAUCUUCAAGCGAUUCAGACUCAGAGUAUGUUCUUCCCAAAGAAAAAUCUACUGCUCCUUCAGAAUCUGGCAGCGAAAGUUCUGAUGAGGAGGCUUCGAGUCGUGCUGCUACCCCGCCUCGCUCACCUACCACAGAAAUACCUGUUCGCUCCCGACCCCCUUCACCUCCACCCGUUUCUGUACCAAUGUCCAUCCCUCUAGUUUUUCCCAUCUCUACCUCUCAACCAUGUACCUCUAUUCCCAUUCCUGAUCCAAUCUUCACGGAAACUACCACUACCACAACCACUAAGGGGGUUCAUUCUUCAGCACCCGAACCACCAUUUACAGCCGAACCACCAGUUACAACCGAACCUCAUAUCACUACAAAACCCUUGUCACCUACCCAAUCCACUGAAACCACUCUAGUUCUUGGCGGUGAGGACUUUGAAUUUGAUUCCACAUAUUUCAGUCCUUACCGUGUACAAAGUGAUGAAGAUGAAGAGGCUCCUAUAACCAAGCGCCAUCUCAAAGCAGUCACUAACAAACUUGAUCAGCUAAUUUCCUCCUCUUCAACUGAUGCUUAUUCUGACACUGCUUUAAAGGCUUUGUUCUCCUCCGUAAUCCAUGAACAUAAUGCCUCCCUAUCUGCUACAGCCAAGGCCAUAGAUGCCGCUACUUCAUAG